CAAAUUGAAAAUUGCGCCAAUCUGAUGACUCGAUUGUUUAUGAACUAUUCAAAGAAGAAAGAAAGUUUGAGUAAAAUUGCCAUGUAUUUAAUUGGUGAUUACUGUUGUCGAAGUUUAAAAGUUACGUUACAUCCUAGAAUUAAGAAAGAAAUGAUCCAAGGUGUAUAUAUUUUGAUGGAUAUUUGUGAUGAACAUAGAUUUAAACAGCUUAAACGAACUUUGCCCAGUGAUGUUCAGUUCCUUUUUGUUAAGCUGUCACAAGAUUAUCAAAAGUAUUACAAAUAUCAAGGA